AUGUAUGGGUUAGAUUCUACAUGGUUUAAAGAUGAACAAGAAAAACAGAGGGUACAGCUGAUUGAAAAUCAACUGAUCAAAAGUACUGGCUUUUUUGCUGUUCGAGAUCAUGAAAAGAAUAAUCAUUUCCCAGCAUACAGGAAGCCAGAAGAUGUGUACAAGUGUCUGCCUUGCAGGGAAGGCUGUUCCUACUGUACAGGCAACACUCCCUGCUAUGCACAGGAGGAUACGUACUUAAGGAUUACUAUCAUCGCAUUCCAAGCACUCUGCAUGGUCCUGGACUUCAUUAGCAUGCUUGUAGUUUACCACGUUCGCAGAACCAAGACCAUCAGAGCAUCAAGUCUGCUGUUGAUCGAAACAAUCCUAUGUGGAGCAUUACUUCUUUAUUUCCCAGUAAUAAUUUUGUAUUUUGAACCAAGUGUAUUCAGGUGCAUUCUCCUGAGAUGGGUUCGUCUUCUGGGUUUUGCUGUUGUGUAUGGAACUGUUAUCCUUAAGCAAUACAGAGUUUUGAAAGUAUUCUUGUCACGGACUGCACAGAGGAUUCCCUACAUGACCAGCUGGCGUGUGAUGAGGAUGCUGGGAAUUAUUCUUCUGAUUGUUAUAUGGUUUCUGAUUGCCUGGACAUCUGCUGUCUUCCAGAACAUGGACCGUAAUGUUCCUCUAAUUAUCCAGGGAAAAUCAAUUGACAACUAUAGAUUCAAUAUGUGCAUUAUGGAGCGAUGGGAUUAUAUGAUGGCUAUUGCUGAAUUUCUUUUCCUAUUGUGGGGAGUUUAUCUCUGCUAUGCAGUGCGGACAGUUCCAUCAACGUUUCAUGAGCCCCGUUAUAUGACUAUUGCUGUUCAUAAUGAGCUCAUUAUCUCAGCGAUAUUCCAUACCAUUCGAUUCACACUUGCAUCAAUGCUUCAUCCUGAUUGGAUGCUAAUGCUGUUUUUUAUUCAUGUUCAUUUGACUGUAUCUGUCACGCUUGGAUUGCUGCUGAUUCCCAAGUUCCUACAAGGACGUACUAAUCCAAGAGAUGACAUAGCAACAGAGGCAUUUGAGGAUGAAUUAGACAUGGGAAGAUCAGGAUCCUAUCUGAACAGCAGCAUCACAUCUGCCUGGAGUGAGCACAGUUUGGACCCAGAGGAAAUCAGGACAGCAGAUGAAAUGUGCCACCUCAAUUCUAUUAAUGGCUACGGUGUCCAGUCAUGUGACACUGUUUGGGGAAAACAUGAUGAUGAUGAAUUAAAGAAACUGUAUGCACAACUGGAAAUUUAUAAGAGGAAAAAGAUGAUAGCAAAUAACCCCCACAUACAGAAAAAGAGAAGCUCCAAGAAGGGUUUGGGGCGUUCAAUCAUGAGGCGAAUCACAGAAAUUCCAGAGACCGUUAGCAGACAAUGUGGCAGAGAUGAAAAGGAUUUUACAGACUAUGCAGAUACACGAGGUAGUAUUUGUGCAGUUAGAAAAAAUCCUUUUGAUCCCUCAAUUUCCCACAUCAAAUCCAAAGAAGAGGCCCUAAAAAACAUUGUAUUUUCUUUAAAAAAAUCACACAGCAGCUAUGAUCAUGUAAGAGACCAAAAUGAAGUUUCAAACAGUUUUGCCAAAGAAAAGAUGGACUUUACUAACAAUGAAAAUUCUCUGCUAAAUUCCUUGAUGGAUAAACACUUGAUUAGACAAUCUGCAGAAAACAUAGAUGAAGCAUCUACGGAAUCUGUUCCUCUAGUAUGCAAAUCUGCAAGUGCACACAACCUAAGUGCAGACAAGAAACCAUUACAUCCAAGACAAUCAAUGUUACAAAAAUCCCUUAGUGUAAUAGCAAAUGCCAAGGAAAGGACACUUGGACUAAGUGGGAAAACUCAAAGUGCAGAUGAAAAUGUUAAGCAUUUAAAACCCCAUCGGAAAGAUAAAACUGAAUCUGGGGAAUUACAACAAAAUGCAGCUGCAAUCCAAACAGAAGAACCAAACAAGGCUUACAAGCAUGGGAUAAUGAAACAACAGCCUGCCACACCUGAUGCAGGUAAUUCAGUGACAAAAGACAAAUCUGAUCAAGAGGAUAUUUGUCCUUGGGAGACUCAGGACCUUCCUCCAAGUUCCUUGUCUUUGGAAACUAAAGUCCAAAAACAUGUAUCAAUUGCUCCUGUUGAAUCAGAACAUAUUCAUGCUUCUCAUGCAAAGGGCAAAGUAUCAGGUAAGAACAAGUCAAAUGAGGUACAUAAGCAAACACUACAUAAGGGUUUAGAAAAAACAGACAAAUGUCUGAAAGAUAAAGAAUUCAAGGAGCCACACUCUUCAAACAAUGAGAAAAAGAAAUCACUAACUCUUAAGCCUCAUGUUUCAAAAGGAGAAAUGGUUUCUAAAACAUAUAUGCCUGAUGUUUGCCCUUGGGAAUUUGAAGAACAAACAGUUAUGGGAUUGGAAGAAACACCUGAUACAAGUCAUGUCACUGAAAAAGGUGACAUGAAAAAGGAAACAUCCCCACAAGACUAUAAAAGACUUAAUAGUGAUAAUAUUGAUUCAGAUAGUGAAACACAGAAUACUUCAUCUAAUCGUGAAGAUGUAUGUCCUUGGGAAUUUGUGAGCCCUGAAUCAACAAUUACUGAAUCAAAAAAUGCACCAUCACCAUCUACAACACAUUUGUUAAAACCUGGGGAACAGAUUCAAAAGAAAAAAGGUUUUGGUUUAAAUGUGAAAGCUAAACUGAUACCAGGAAAAGGGCGAGAACCAGAAAAAGGAGCAGAAAAGCAUGAUGGGAAGACAAAAGCAAGGAAUAAAGAGAGAGUUAGAGCAGAGAAAGAUACUGACUUGAAAACAGAUAAAACAAAAUGUCCAGAAUUUUGCCAAUGGGAAGUCCAUGAUUCUUUGGAUAUUUCUACUGACAAAGGGAAAAACAGAACAUCCAAUGAUCCAGGGACAGACAAAAGUAAAAUAUCAGAAAUAUGUCCAUGGGAGGUUUUGGAUGAUAGUUCUGCCAAAGAAGCUUCAGCACACUGCAUACCAUCAACAAAAGAGAACAAAAGUUCAAAAGUAAUACACUCUGAGAAAUCUAAACUAGCUGAAAUUUGCCCAUGGGAUUAUGAAGAACAAGUACCAAAUGACCAAGCAUGACCUUUGUCUUGCCAGGGCAAUACGUAUUAAAUGAACAGUUUCAGAAAAAUGGAAACUUUCCAAAACCUAUAGUCUUGAUUGCUUUAUAGAGGAGAUGCAAACUUUACAUUUUAUACUCUUGAAUCAUGUUUUGAUGUGGUCUUGUGACACAUAUGAAAGCAUUCCAGAUUGCUGUAUAAUGUUUGCAAAUAAUUUACUGUUAUAUGGUAUAACACAUAAUGUAUGCAAUUUCAAAGUACUGUUAUUACAAAUAUCAGUUUUGAUUAUUUAGAAACAAUAUAAAAUCUAUUGGCCCCUGAAGCCAUAUGAUAAAUGAACACACUAUACAAUGGAAUCUGAUGUGAGCUAUAUUGUGAAUCUUUUGUUCUACCCAUUGUUUACAGAAUCUGUAUAAUGCUUAUAGUUAUAGUUUGAUACGAAACAUUAUUCAGGGUUUUUAUAUCAAGAAGCUGAAUUUAUGCAUUUAUGAGGUUCAGUGCAAAAGGCAUUCAUUGAUGUUAUAGAAAUGGGAGUCUUAUGCUUGACUCCACAUAUUUUAUUUAAGCUAAAGGACAACUUAAUUAUUGUUUAUUAUGGAUUUGCUGAAAGGUAUAUAACAUUAUGGACAUUUUCUAAAUUGUGAUCUUUUUAAAGUAAAUGUGAUUACUGUGAGUUGUAAAAAAAUGAAAUGUUUACCUGUAUAGCAUAAAGAUUAAAAUAUAGUAGAAAACAUUUAGCAUGUUCCAUUCAUUUUAGUAUCUUCCAGUUAUCUAAAAGUAUAGGUAACAUUUUGUAGUACUGAAAAGUUAAUUGCUGCUAAUUUCUACUGGGCCAUUAGUCAAAAGUGUUAUAAUCCUUCUAGCAAUACUAUUACAGAAAAUGUAUCUACCGUUUUCAUUGUUUUAUAAAGUGCACUUUUGCAUACAUUUUCAGAAUAGCUUAUUUAAAAUAUUAGGGCUGUUUAUAUAAUCGUUUUUAGAAUUCAUAGCACUAUAUGGCUAUAUAAAGUAAGUCUGGACUGCUAUAGUAGUAAAUAUGUUAGAAUAUAGCCUUUUGGCCUAUGCAUUAAUAAAUCUUGUUAGGUUGCCCUUAUUCAACACGUAUGCUAUGUCAUUCCAUGUUUGUAAAAGUACAUUAGCAUAAAAAGAUUUAUACCAAAUGCAACACAGCUUAUAUUUCUGUUAGACUAGUACUUUGUAUAAUCCAUUUUGUGUUUGAUGCAUAAAACAUUAAGCUAUUACUUCUUUGUACCUAUUCCCAUUCUAUUUUUUUCUUCGCAUGCAGAAUGAAAGGCAGGAGUAACAUAUUGCACUGCCCCUAGUCUCGUAGCAUAUGGAUUGUUCAGAUUUCUAGAAAAAGAGGGAUUGUACCCUGUUCACUGUAAUCUCUUCUACUUCAAAUGUAAUAUGACAGACUUUACUUCCAGCAGCAUAUAUUUGAUAGGUUUAUAUUGUGAUGUAACAGCAUGUACAUAGAGUAACUUCUCUGCAAUAAAACAUUUAUAUGAAACAGGUGCAUAUGAGUCAGUAAAAUAAAUGACAAUAAAUGUGAACUAUGUGCAAAAUAUAUUCAUUUUCCCAAGGAAAAUAAAGUGUCAAGCAUGAA